UGAGAGGAGAGGGAUACACGAGCACGCACCACAGCUCCGUGAUGCUGCUGCUGUGGCUCCAAGCUCCAGGCUCUACUCGUCGCAGUUCGCAUUUGGCAGCGCCCGCAAGUAGGUUACACAUUUUUUUCCAGGCUCGACAACAAGUGAAAGUAACUGAAAGCACCCAGGCACCCACCCACCCACUUGCACUAGCAUUGCAGUUAUGGAGUACAAACUGAUUGGACCAGAGCAUUACGAGCAGGUGAUCGACCACCUGAGGAGGAACUUCUUUGCGGACGAGCCACUGAACAAGGCCGCUGGACUGUGCCAGAAGGGAUUCGGGAACAGCGAGUUGGAGCACCACAGCCUGGAGACGCUGCACGAUAAGCUCAGCCUGAUGGCCGUGGAUCGCAGCGAAGGAGCUGAACAGGAGGAAUGCAAGAUAGCCGGAGUAAUACUGAACGGCAUCCUGCGCCCGGGCGACACAGCGCAGGCCCUGCAGAAGCUCCAGGCGAGUAGCGACCUCAACUUCAAGAAGAUCUUCGAGCUGCUCUACAGCCACAACCUGAAGGUUGAUCUCUUCGGGCGUUUCAAAGUCGAUCGAAUCUUUGAUGUGCGCAUCCUCUCGGUGGAUGCCAGCUACCGCGGCCAGGGCAUUGCCAAGGAGCUGGUUAGGCACGCCGAGUCGCUGGCCCGCAAGCGCGGCUUCCGCCUGCUCAAGGCGGAUGCCACGGGAAUCUUCUCGCAGAAGAUCCUCCGCUCCCACGGGUUCGAGCUAUUUGCCGAACAGCUGUACGCCAAGUACACGGACGCAGGCGGUCAGGUCGUCCUGCCCGUAGAGGCGCCGCACAUUAAACUCCAGCUGCUGACCAAAAAAGUGGGAAACGACGAUGGGGAUGAGGAUCCACAGUAAGGCAGCAGCUCGCAUUCAACAAUAAUCUUUUGUAUUUUCUACAGAGACACUCAACAUACAUAGUAUUUAUACAUUCACAAAGGUAUUGAUAAUCGUAUUGGAAUGUUGGCAGGACAUCAGCCUGAUCGGCGUCCUGUUUGCAUAAUUGCGUUUGUAAUUGUUGUUUUUUUUUUUUGGGGACCAACUGCGUCAGAUGCCGCGCGCGUAUCAAUGAUAUAACUAAACUCAAAUAAAGUCCACUGUUGUGCCAAAGAAAUGCUUCGCUUCGACAACGUA